UUUUUUUUUUCUCUUGUGAUUAAAGAUGAUUUAAUUGUUUUGAUUACUUUAUACUGACAAUCGGAAGUGAUUUUUUUAAUUUAAUUAUUUAUAGUUGAUUUAAAAUCAAGUUAUAUCUAAUACCAAGAAGAGGGUUUUCCAGUUUACUUCAUAUUUUUCUUCUUGUUCUUGUUCUCUUGUCUCUUUUAUUUUUUUUUUUGUUCUUUUCUUGUUCUUCUUUCCCUUUUUUUUUGUUAAAUCUGAAAAAAAAGUAGUGGUUGUAGUUUUGGUAGUAGAAAAAUAUUAUUAUAUCAAACGUGAAAUAAGUAAAUAGAGAAAAAUUAAGAUACCAAAAUGUGUUCUCGUAUAACUGCUUCUUCACUCCCAGUCUCAUCAUCAGGUACUAGUGGUUCUUCAUCUUCCCAAGGAUCAACUUCAGGCCUUGGGUCAAGUGCAUCUUCUUCAUCAACCUCAGGUGUAGGUGUUGUUAAUGGUAUUGGAACCAUUGCACCAAAUAGUACGGUUGAUACCUCGGUAAAUGCCAAUUUUGUGGAUCAAUUGUCUCGAACCAAUCUCUACAUUAAAGGAUUGACGCCCAAUACAACUGAUAAGGAUUUAUAUGGACUAUGUUCUCCCUAUGGAAAGAUCAUAUCAACGAAAGCUAUACUAGACAAGAACACCAAUAAAUGUAAAGGCUAUGGAUUCGUUGAUUUUGAGUCACCAGUAUCUGCAGAGACAGCGGUCAAACAUUUACAAACUCGGGGUAUUCAGGCUCAAAUGGCCAAGUGCACCGAUACAAGUAGAGGCAAAAGUACUUCAGUCAUUGCUUCAAACUCGAUUGCUAAUAAUUAUGCGGCUGUUACGAGUAAUUCCAAUGCUGUUGCCUCUAAUUACUGUUCUUCAGUCAUCAAUCCCAACAGAUCACCGCAACAAGAACAAGACCCAACCAAUCUUUAUAUUGCCAAUUUACCUUCUUACAUGACUGAGAACGAAUUAGAGUCAAUGCUCAGUCCCUUUGGUUCAGUAAUUUCAACACGAAUCCUUCGAGACAAUUAUAACCAACCCCGUGGUGUUGGUUUUGCCAGAAUGGAGUCUAAGGAAAAAUGUGACAUGAUAAUUCAAGGCUUUAACGGUAAAAUUUUAGCUGGUGGAAAGGAACCAUUAUUGGUUAAGUUUGCUGAUGGUGGAAACAAGAAAAAGAGUCAAAAUAAGAAUGAAAUCCGUAAUAGAGAAGGUGGUGGAGCUAAUCAACCCAUGGCACAGGCUUACGCUUAUCCCACUGAUCAAUCUAAUAUAAACCAAAAUGGAGUAGCCACCGCACCUAUGAUGCCAAACAUGGCUGCUGCUGCAGCUGCUGGUUAUCAUCACCAUCACCAUCAAAGACAAUAUGAUAGAUGCGCUUUUGUUCCAAAUACAGCCGCCGCUGCUGCUGCAAUUCAAGCUGCCGCUGCGACUCAAUGGAUGCACCCAGGAGCCACACAAUAUCAUCUGGUUCCACCCCCUGCUCACAUGCAAUCAACAACGCAAGUGAUCCCAUCACAGCAAAUCGAUACAAACGCUUUGCAUUUCAGUACUCUGAUGCCACAGUUAUCGGCUUCCAUGCGUCAACUUCAGCUUUCCAGUCACCCUUAUAUGACAGGAACACCAGCUGCUUAUGCAAUCGCGGCUGCUUCUGGAGCUUUAUAUGCAACUCAACCUGGACCAGUGAUACAACCAGUUGCUCUUGCUGAGUCUGGUGGUGCCAAUAAUCCACGAAGCGGUACCUCUUCCGUUGCUCCCACCGAUGAGUUAGGUCAAAAUAAUGCUGCUCAUCAUUAUCAAGUUUGUCAACCUAAAUGAGGAUACUUUUCUUCUAGGUUGAAAUUGAAUUGGAAAUUAUCUGAAUUUUAAAUGAAGACAUUACGUGCACUUUGGUUUUUCAUCUUCACUGUGCUACAAAAAGAUUGGAUCAGAUUCAUCAUUCACACUCUUCAUCAACUCCUUUUUUUCCUUUUCUUCCUCUAUGUUUUCCCUUCAUCACCUUGACUCUCUCUCUCUCUCACACCAUUACAAACUCUUCUUUCAGACCCUUUGAUUUCAUCUCUCUCUCUCUCUCUCUUUCUCUUUUACUUCUCUCACUUUUUUUCGUUUUUUCCUCACUUUUUUUCAUGUUUACUCUUCGACUCUCAUAUUUUUGCUUUCCUUCAAAACCUGAGGUCUCAUGAACCAUUCUUAAGAAAAGAUGCUUUUCUCCUUUUCACAUCUUUUUCUCUACCUUUUCACUCAAUUUUUACAUCUUCAUCAUUUUGCUUCUCUUCUUCAAAUCUCGCCACUCGGAGUUUUCAUCAUUCUCUCUUCUAUUCUCAACACAACAGCAUUGACUCUCAUUCAUACUUUCUCUUUCUUCUAGUUUCUUUCCUCAUCCAUUUUUCAUCUACAAAAUGUACUCUCUUUUUCUCUUUCUCUCUCUUGUUGAUUUUUUUUCGUUUUUACAUCUCUCGAAUUCGCAUCAUAUUAGCCGUCUCUACAUGAUUAAAAAAACUGCCUUGCUCUUUCUCUCCCGAUGUCACUUUACAGCUCUGAAAAUUCUCGAGGCUCAACUUGUUUCUUUUUUAAUAUAGUUGACCUCAUUCAAGUCAAAUAGAAUAUGAAAAUCGAGAGAUCGAAAAAGAAAAAGAUUUUCACCCAGAUUCCGAUAAAAGAAAAAGUGCAACGAUUUCUUUAUCUUUCUCUACUUCUUUGUAAAACCCUUUCGCUUUUUUCUUAUUUCAAAUGACCUUUGAUGAGGUCAAAGAUUAGCUGAAAUUUGUAAUAGAUAAAAUGAUAUUCAUCCCGCAUUCAUUUUCCUCAUGGUCUUAUCUUUUUUCUCUAUGUUAUCAUCUCUGUCAUGACGAUUAUCUGUUGUGCUGGCUCACGCAGAAUCAUCUGUUCAUCAUCAAUCGUUUCUCGAUUUAACAAUUGUUUGCUAAUUUUAAUUAUUCCUUCAUCAACAGGUAAACUUUAUUUACUGUUGCUUGAUAAUCCUGUCGAUUCAAAUCUUUCAGGUUCCAUGAGUUGUUGAUUGUGCCAUGAGAAAAACAUCGAUAUGCUUAAUUUAGUUUAUUUUCUCAGUUUUGGUUUAGUUUAACACCAACAAUAAGAUGUGUUAAUUUAUUUUAACUAUAAUUUGUUUCCUUGAAAGUAGAUCAAUAUUUAACUGUUACCUUGACCUCUACUGUUGACAGAUAUUCCUUCACUUUUGAUCCAAUUUCUUUUUCAUUUCAUUCUGAUCAGCUGAUGUUAUUUCAAAUUCUAUUUUGAUUAAAUUCUUGUUUAUUUCUCACAUUUUUCCCAUUAGGUUAUACGAGAUGUAUUUCCAUCAUCAUAAGCAAUUAAUUCAAGUUUAAUCAAAAGUUGAUCGAUAACAACAAACGAUUAACGGUAAAUAACAACCAUGUCGUUGGAGGAAAAGAAACAAAAAUAGUAAUUCAAACAAUUGUCAAUUUGAAGAAAACUUAAUCACAAGGCCAGUACAAUAGUGUCAAGUUAUAAGAAUACGAAAGUUAAAUUACAAUCAAUCAAAUUGUAAGAACGAGGGCAAUUAAUUUGAAUGUUGCCAUAAAAAGGCCAAUCUUUUUUUAAUUAGACUUCAACUCAUCUUUUGCAUCUCUCAUCUUCUCUCUCUCUCUCUCUCUCUCUCUCUCUCUCUCUCUUCUCUUCUUCUUCUCCAUCUUCCUUUAUUUCUAUCAUCUUCUUGUCCUUUUCCAUCUUCUUUUCAAUUCCUAGAGAAAAAUUUUGUAUCAAGGGAUGAAGAAUGUGAAAACUGUCCAAGAAACAAACAAAAUCCAUUUACAAAUAAUAGUAUUGCAAUUGGAUUUGUAAGAUGUUUUCUUAAAAAGCUAAACCGUGAUUCGGAAUGAAGAAAACAAAAUUAUUUUAAUACAUUUGUAAACAUUUGGUUUUCUUUUUCCUUUUUCUCUCAUCCCUCACCUUCAUCUUCAUCAUCUUCAUCUUUCUCUCUGUCUCUCCUUCACUUUUUCUUCCUUUCUCUUGUCAUCUCUAAACACUUUGAUUCUCAUCCUCACCUUUCACUGUUUUUUUUUCUUGUCUUCUCAAAAGAGAACUUUGUCAAGUUAGCUUUGAUCAUCUUCAUCUUUUCCUCUGUCAUCAUCAUCUUUUUCCUCUCUCACUCCGAGUACACUUUUUUUCUUUUGGUUGUUUUCAUCUUCUCAGUGUUAAAAAAUAACAACAAACAACCACCAGAGCAAAAUACCAACAACACUUUGGACUUUCCGUAUAAACGUUGAUUAAAGCAAAAAAAAAACGAUCAAUGGAUUAAUAGUAACGAUUGCAAUCGAUAAUGUGCUUUUAACCACCUUCAUCGUCUGUGGGUUCCUGUUAUUUACACACUAAGGAUUUCCACCUCUUUGUCAACCAUCAAUCAAAUCACAUCUACAGUUUAUCCAAAGAUGCGCCACGUGAAGUUAAAGCAACAAACAAACAAAAAUUGAUCUACAGUCCAAAUACCGAUUACGUUGAUACCAUAAUAAUAGUAACGGGCAACAAAAAGGAGCCGUUACAUGAUUUCACUUGGAGGAACCACGAAGAUUACCUUCUUUUAUUUGUUAUCAUUUUCUCUUGCCAACAUUGUGACCUACUCAACAAAUUCACCAUUUUCUGAAUCCAUUUUUAGACUUCCUAAAUACUUUCAACUUGUUUUUCUUGCCCAGACAAUAAGAUGAUGAAAUUGAUAAUGAUUGUGAUUGUUGAUGUUUUUUAAUUUUCCCUUUGAAAAAAUCAAAUGAUCACACUUUUAAAUCAAUCAAAACUCUCUCUCUCUCUCUCUCUCUCUCUCUCUCUCUGUCUCUCCAUCUUUCUCCAAGAGCAAUGGCGCAAUUGUGUUUAGGUGUGAUCUUUUUUUACAACAAGAAAAAAGCUUCAAAGAAGCAUUUAAAGACGAUGUAAUAAUAUAAUCACAGUCACUAUUAUGUUUCUUUUCUUGUCUCUUGCAAGAGAACUUUUUUUUCACCCUCAACAAACAAAACUCAAUGUAAUUGAAGACACAACUGAUACCAGAGGAAAUGAUAACCGAAAAUAACUGUUCAUCUCUUUUCUUUGUAUUUACAUUUGCGAAAAACGCAAAGAAAAUGUUACGAACAGAAAACCAAUGUCAAUGUCUUACCUUUUCAAUCAUCUCAGUUUCUUUUCUCUUAAAUCUUUUUUUUUCUAUUGUAUCAACAACUCAUUUCAAUUUAAUUAUGAUCCUUUGUAAUUGAUUUAACUGUUUCGAAAACUUUUUAAUUAAUUUAACUUUUGAAAUUUGACAAUAAGGCCAAACAAAAUGCUGAGAAUUGAAAGUUUUUCAUCUUUUAUCGAUUCAACAUUUUUAUCAUUAAAACAAUUGAAGUGAAAAUGAUC